AUGGUGUUUGAUGCUGGGGUCGAGGAUCAUAUGUCAAUAGAUGCAGACGGACGCGGGUUUUACAUCUUUGAGGACGACUCAGGAAGUACGCCUGCUCGUGUGCGAUCUUCAUCGCGUUAUCCAACGGGAACUACAUUCUCAGGAGACGUGAUGAUCCCCAGUGGUGCAACGAGUGGCAUUGUGUCAUCUUUCUACUUGUCCUCACUAGAAGGAAGCACAACGCAAGAUGAGAUUGACUUCGAAUGGCUUGGCAAGAACAACAUGCAGGUUCAGACAAACUACUACGUCAAUGGAGUUGGUGGACACGAGCUGGUCGUUGACCUAGGAUUCGACGCCAGCCAGAGCUUCCAUACCUACGCCAUUACAUACGACGAAGACAAGAUUCAAUGGUUCAUUGAUGGCGAGCUCGUGCGCACGGUGUUGAAAUCCACGAGCAGCAGCUUUCCCUCUAUGAACGUCUAUUUAUACUCCAGCUUGUGGAACGCUUCUUUCAUUAACGGGGGCUCGUGGGCUGGAGUUAACAGCGAUCCUACCAAUGCCGCUUACACGAUUGCUGCCAAGAAUAUAAACAUUCAGUAA